UUUUUUCUGCAAAAAAAAGUUUCUUAAAAUUGGGUUAAAUGUCUUAUUCGCGUCUUAUUUGCUAUCGCCUAACCUGUUUAGCUCUUCCUUUGAGCUCCACCGUGUCCAACCACACGCCACAUUCUUCAAGGGCAGAUUUCGACUGAACCCCUUUGGAUGUCUUCAUCGUGGCAGCCUCGGGAAAUAUAUUUUGAAAUAUUAUUAUUACUUCUGCGAAUCGACAGUUGGUGGGAUUGACUACGUCCACUAGAACUAACGACAAAAGGCGCGUUGGGCACACCUUUUCUGGUCCUGGUAGCAGGGUGUGUUUACUUUGACGUCAUAGCAGCGACACGGAAAAGGAUUAAGUUGAUUCAUCAAACAUGUUUCAUGGCAUUCCGGUUACAGGCAGCAUGGGAGGAGGAUCUGCACCCAAUAAACCUGAGCUCUACGAGGAGGUGAAAUUGUACAAAAAUGCAAGAGAAAGAGAAAAGUAUGACAACAUGGCGGAGUUAUUUGCUGUUGUCAAGACCUUGCAGGCCUUGGAGAAAGCCUACAUCAAAGACUGCGUCACACCCAAUGAGUACACCGGCUCGUGUUCCAGACUUUUGGUACAGUACAAGGCGGCUUUCAAACAGGUGCAGGGCUCCGACGUAGGCUCAAUUGACGACUUCUGCCGCAAGUACAGACUAGAUUGCCCGCUAGCCAUGGAAAGGAUCAAAGAGGAUCGGCCAAUCACCAUCAAGGACGACAAGGGCAACUUGAACCGCUGCAUCGCCGACAUCGUUUCUCUUUUUAUCACCGUCAUGGACAAGCUGAGAUUGGAGAUCAGAGCCAUGGACGAGAUCCAACCGGAUCUGCGCGAGCUGAUGGAGACCAUGAAUCGAAUGAGCAACAUGCCUCCUGAUUCGGAGGCUAAGGACAAAGUCAGCCGGUGGUUAAGUACCCUGAGCAGCAUGUCAGCCUCAGACGAGCUGGACGACAGCCAAGUGCGCCAGAUGCUCUUUGACCUGGAGUCGGCCUAUAAUGCCUUCAACCGCUUCCUGCACUCUUCUUGAGCUAUUCGUCUUUGUUAAGGUUACAUGACCUUUCCGUGUGUCCUUAUUGAUAUUUGAUACGCUUUCUUUGUUCCCUUCUUUCCUCCUACAAUAUUAUUGUCAUCAAAAUCACAGGGAAAUAAUUUAAGUAAUUAGGCUUUGUAUCCUAUUAAUACCUGGAACGAUUAAUGUAAUUCAUGUACAGUAAUAUGUUGGAUUUCUCAAUGUCUUUUAGCUAAUCAGGCCCCCCACCCCCAUUUAUCGACUUCAGUAAAUAUUUAUUAAAAUGUAUAUACAAAUGUUAGGAUAAUUACGUCCAGAAUCAUACACACUUACUCUUUUUAACAAUAAAAGUUUAAAUAUACCUUAAAA